AUGGCCUGGGAAUUGAAAGAGCCCGACGAGUACCAGAGCUCAUACCUGUUCAAGUGGGGAUCUAAGAUAGCCAAGCUAUUGGAUCAUGUCAAAGUCCCCUACGUAGCCUGGGGAGAUUUGAUGAACUCUCACAUGAUCCGAGACUCAGACACUAACUGGGGCUGCUUAUCUUGGUAUGGUCACCUUGGAUUCGUGGUUUCAGAUGAUCGCUUUGAUGCCGCUAUACGAGCGUUGCGAAUUGCUGGUUUAUCUGAGGAUAGUUGUUACCCUGAAUACUGCCACUGGGCCAAUGGCCCUGAAAGUUGCAGGCUUCCGUACCCGUGGCCUGCCCAUCAUUUCCAUCACUAUGUGGAUGAUGUAAAGUGGGUUCGCGGGAAACAAAUCAAGUGCUACCCUGUCGGUCUGUAUCGGAAGUCCCAAUGGCUCUGGCUCUUGCCCGAUCUUCCCCUCGACUUUCCUGAACCCAAUGACCCUAACUUCAUGCUCUCCACGGACCGCCGUCUUCCUGACUGGGAUGUUGAGGGGUUCGGCAACUCGUUUCAUCCCAUAAAGCUUCUCACCCCAGUGCGAUGGAUAGAGUCACUGAUCUGCCAGACGAUAAGAGAUUUGAGUCUAGAAGGCAACCGGGGCAGAGCAAGGCAUAUUCCCGUUGAAGAGUUUCAUCAACGACUUGCAAGACAACUUCCCCCGGAACUUUUCCACCUUGACCUCCUCCAGCAACCAUUUCGCACCAUCUAUAAGCUGUCAACGGUCGGGGAUUUCGGGAUGUAUCCACUGCUGUGGUUGUGUCUCGACCGAAUAUGGGAAGAAUGGCAGGAAGCUGGUUCUAUGCCAGACCCUGUUCUCCCGUUCAAUGAUAAGACGAAAAAGCGGCGGAUCGAGGAGUACAGAUCGCAGCAUGGUUUCUCACGCAAUAAAGUUAGCGAGAUGCUGCGUAACGGUAUUUAG